AAAAGAUACACCGAAGAAAAACGCAGCAAGCAAAAACAACAACAAAAAAAGAGUGCAAGUGAAGAAAUUUGUGAAGAAAAGUGUGAUCGAGCAAUCAAAAUCGAGAGUAAUUUGUGAACAGUGUUUGCUCACAGAGCCACAGUGGGAAGAAGUGAAACCAGCCAGCAGCAUCAGCAACGUGUCAGAAUGCCUCUUUUCGGCAAAUCACAGAAAAGCCCCCAGGAGCUGGUGAAGGCCCUGAAGGAGGCGGUCAACUCGCUGGAACGGGGCGACAAAAAGGCGGAAAAAGCGCAGGAGGAUGUCAGCAAAAACUUGGUUCUCAUCAAAAAUAUGCUUUACGGCACGUCAGAUGCUGAGCCACAGACCGAGAUUGUCGUCUCGCAACUUGCACAGGAACUGUACAACAGUAAUUUACUCCUGCUGCUGAUACAGAACUUGAGCCGUAUCGACUUUGAGGGCAAAAAGGACGUUGCACAGGUGUUUAACAACGUGCUCAGACGACAAAUCGGGACCCGAUCGCCGACGGUGGAGUACAUCUGCACGAAGCCGGAGAUCCUGUUCACACUGAUGGCCGGCUACGAACACCAGGAGAUUGCGCUGAACUGUGGCACGAUGCUGCGCGAGUGCGCCCGCUACGAAGCGCUGGCCAAGAUCAUGCUCCACUCGGACGAGUUCUUUAACUUUUUCCGCUACGUCGAAGUGUCCACCUUUGACAUCGCCUCCGAUGCCUUCUCCACGUUCAAAGAGCUGCUGACCCGGCACAAACUGCUGUGCGCCGAAUUCCUCGAGCAGAACUACGACAAAGUGUUCAGCCACUACCAGCACCUGCUCAACUCGGAGAACUACGUCACGCGGAGGCAGAGCCUGAAGCUGCUCGGCGAGCUGCUGCUCGAUCGGCACAACUUUACGGUUAUGACGAAAUAUAUUUCCAACCCGGAUAACCUGAAGCUGAUGAUGAACAUGCUGAAGGAGAAAUCACGAAAUAUUCAAUUUGAGGCCUUCCACGUAUUCAAGGUAUUUGUAGCGAAUCCGAACAAACCGAAACCAAUUCUCGACAUCCUGCUGCGGAACCAGGACAAGCUGGUGGACUUCCUGACCCGGUUUCACACGGACCGGUCCGAGGACGAGCAGUUCAACGACGAAAAGGCGUACCUUAUCAAGCAGAUAAAGGAGCUCAAACCGGCCCCCGAUCAAUAGUAAUAACCGACACUGCUGGGUAGUAGUGUGCGCGUGCAUGUGCAUGUUGUGUGGUAGUAGAGGUGGUCUCUUCUCUUUUACUCUCCCCCUCGUUUGCAUCCCCCGUUGGAUCGAAAUACAACAAUAGCAGAAAGAAAAGAAAAAACACUCUUCUAUUUUCCCCUCCUUUCCAAAAACAAAAAACUGCAGCAAACAUCCCGCUACAUUAUCCUCCCUCCCCCCACGCACUAGUAUUUUGUAAAGGCGCGAGAUAAAGAAAAAGAAAAACACACACACAUAUAAUUAAAAUAAAUUUAAUUUAGAUUAACUAUUAUAAAUUUCACCGCAGAGAAAAGGUUACAAAAUAAUGUUUCAAAGUUGAAACCCACUUACAUUACACACAUAUUCUGAUGAUGUUGCAGCAACCAUCGAAGGAGGACGUUAAAUAGUAGUUCUAAAAAUAAGAGCCGAACCUUGUAAACUGGUUCAAGCGUUGAAAUCUCUUUUUGCGUUGCUUUGGGAAAGUAAAGAUUGGUCUCACCUAAUUUAGAAUUUCUUUAUUUUUCAAAUUACAAAGAAGUUGAACAGUUGUUCCUAGUACCAAGUAAAGCAGAAAAUUGUUUCACAAUAGUUUCUACAUCCGCAGACUUAACAUGUUUGAUGUCUGAUGUGACAGACUGAACAAAACGGCGCUGAAAUUUUAGCCCAGGGGGGUUUUUAGUUUGCAAAAAAGCUUCCCGUAAUGGAAUAUCUCCUUAACUUUUUUACGCAAAUCCCAUUAAAUGCCUUAAGAAACCGCGGGUUGGAAUACUUCCAAAAAAUGAUCAAGAAAUCUAUUUUCUUGAGUGAGUUUUACGCAGAUGAAAAGGAAACAGAAAACAACUUGACAGUUCGUGUGUUUUCGCUACACAGAAGAAAAAAAAUGACGGUAAUAUUCAUCAGGAAAUGAUGACAGAUUUUGUGUAUUUUUUUUUUAUUGCAUCAAGAAUUGGUGAAUUUUAAUCAGUUUCUUAUGAUUUAUUAAAAUAAUUUUCUAAUUAAUAUUACCCAAAGAAGAAGUAAUAUUCAAACCUUCCAAAAUUCACCCUUUUUUCAGUGUAGUGGUGUUUUUUGUCGACAUUUUCAAUCUGUCAAAGCUUUUGACAAGGCAGUUGGUCAAGCGUAAACAAAUCACAACAGCAUUGCGGGCUUCUUAGCGACACAUCAGAGAAACGUCAUGUUUCAAGUUUUCUUGAGAAGAUAAAAACAGUGUUUCAAUUUUCGAACCGAUUUCUUCCCAUCUGCGAAUUUUCAAAAGAAAAAAGGUAAACAAAAACAACAAUUUUCCGUUACCAAUUUUCGUGGGUUUUUCGACCCGAUUUCACCUGAUCCUGAAAGAAAAUGCAACU